AUGUCUGAUUUAUGUCCAGUUUAUGCUCCAUUCUUUGGUUCUAUCGGUUGUGCUGCCGCCAUUGUUUUCACAUGUUUCGGUGCCUCUUACGGUACUGCUAAAUCAGGUGUUGGUAUUUGUGCCACUUCUGUCACCAGACCAGAUUUAUUGGUUAAGAAUGUUGUUCCAGUUGUUAUGGCCGGUAUUAUUGCCAUUUAUGGUUUGGUUGUUUCCGUUUUGGUUUCUGAUUCUUUGAGUCAAAAACAAGCUUUGUACACUGGUUUCAUUCAAUUAGGUGCUGGUUUAUCUGUUGGUUUGUCUGGUUUGGCUGCUGGUUUUGCCAUUGGUAUUGUUGGUGAUGCCGGUGUUAGAGGUACUGCUCAACAACCAAGAUUAUUCGUCGGUAUGAUUUUGAUCUUGAUUUUCGCUGAAGUUUUGGGUUUGUAUGGUUUGAUUGUUGCCUUAUUAUUGAACUCUAGAGCUUCCCAAGAUGUCACCUGUUAA